UUUCACUUCCACAGCACUUGAUGGUGGUGUUGGCUGUGUUGGUUGUUCAUUUAUUGUCCCGAUACGCUGCUUAUUGCUUGUUCUUAUGGUGCAGCGGUCAGUCGGUCAGUUCGCCGGUCGGUCAAAGUCUGUUGCGUAGCUAUCACGUCACGUCUUUCUCGUGCUUUUGUGCUCCCCGUUCUCAAGUCUGUCAAUAAGUUCAACAAGUUGAUACGUCAUCAACCGAGAAACGACGCGUCGUGACUUGUUCUCUUUUGUGUUUAUUGAGAGUUUGCGUAUCUGGUCGAAGCAUGAACAGCCAAUUUGGUGAUGAAAAUGAUGUUCUCGAUGUUGUGGCUCUGGCCGGCAUUGAUGAGCCGCCCCUGCAAGCCUUUCGCAACAGCAAUCCCUUUGACGAGGACUCCUACAAGGUGACGGUUGCUCCUGCAGCAACAAAUCAGCUGGAGAUCAAUGAGCCGCCUUUGCAGUUGCUGCGUCGUGCCAGUGAAACAGUUACUAGCCAUAUUCUGGCUGACUUGGAGCCAGAGAAACAACAUUUACUAGCCGGAGCAGAGAAACGUCCACUGCCGCCUCCACGGGGGCAUGGUUUUUUGAAAGCCCAGCAGGAUCAGAGUUCAGUUAAUUACAAUGGAGCUAAGCGUAACAGGCAACAGCAGCCAGACAACAAAGCACUCGGCCCAGGUGACAAGAUGAUGCAAGAAAGCAAUGUGCCACUUCCUACUCUAGCCCUAUCACCGCCUUUGCAUACUAAAUUAGACAUACAGAAAUUCCCGGAGGACUUUAAUAAUGGCCAGACUGCCAGUGGUGCAGAAGAUGGAACUGCAAAUGGGAUUGGUGGCGGAGGUGGGGGUGGAGGUGACGGAGGAGAUGCUGCAACAAUAAUUUUAACGCCGACAUCAUUAAAUUUAACAAAUGUUGCUAGAAACGGCGGAGGAGGAGGAGGAGGAGGCGGCGGCCCAACUUCAGCUGGAGAACCACGACAUUCUGAUGAAUACAAAGGACCAAAAUGGUGGCGUCACUUAGUACUGCAUUGGUCAUUGAUUUCCGAGCACGUGAGCCUAUUGGUCAUAUUUCUGGGUCUCUGGUCCAUGGCCUGGGUCCUGCUGCCUGAUUAUGCCCAACCGCAGGCUGUCAUUAUGCGUAUAGCAUUCCUAUUUGUUGGUGCCCAGAUCUCUGGUAUUCUGGUGACUUUUGUACACUUGCCUGAUAUGCUGGGCAUGCUCUUCUUUGGUGUCCUCUACACAAAUCUUGGUUUGGCUAACUUUGAAGGUUACCAGCGAUUUGAAUUAUUCUUAAGAGAAAUGGCUCUAAUUAACAUUAUGUUGCUGGCUGGUCUUGGCCUAGAUGGCGAUGCAUUUAAGCGCCUUUGGUUUAUGAUUUUACGUCUCACGCUGUUGCCAACUAUUGUGGAAGUGGCAGUGAUAGCCGGCUUGGCUUAUCUUACUCUCUCUAUGCCCUGGCUAUGGGGCAUUGCCUUGGGCCUUGUCAUCACAGCCGUGUCCCCAAAUGUUGUGGUUACUGUCAUGUUGAAGCUGAAGGAGGAUCGUCUUGGUCUCAAUAGUGGUAUACACACACUCAUCUAUGCCAUGACCACAUGCAACGAUGUGGUGGCCAUCUUCAUGUUUGGUGUCAUAAUCAGUGUAAUAUUCUCCACAAGCUCACUGACACAACAAGUGCUGCAGGGACCCAUUGGGAUUGGUAUUGGACUUGUUUUUGGUUAUCUCUAUGGCAUGAUGCUGCAAUACUUGCCAUCGCGUAAUGCGGUCUACGCAAAUGGUUUGCGCUUUGUCUUGACCAUCUUGGGUGGAACUAUUGCUGUGAUGGGCAGUCGCGUUAUUGGCUAUACGUCGGCUGGUGCUUUGGGCUGUGUAACGACUGCCUUUAUUGCCCGGAUUGGCUGGAAGCGUGAGGAGAGCAAACUGAGUCCACAGCAAUUGCAGGCCCAUCAAAUUUCCAGUGUACCAAAACGGCUGGAUCUGAUGUGGAAAUUCCUCAAACCCGUCUCGUUUGCCCUCAUCGGCAAGGAAAUUAAUUUUGCUGUACUGGAGGGUCAUGUAAUUGGCUUUGGGGCACUGCUGGUGCUGCUCGGAAGUUUGUUGCGCCUGGCUUUUGCAUAUUUAUCCACAUAUGGCGGAAAUCUGUCGAGAAAGGAACGUGCCUACAUUACAAUUUCCGGUUUUCCCAAAGCAACUGUCCAAGCUGCCUUGGGUCCGGUUGCUUUGGACUUGGCAAGGGCUGCAAGUGUGGCGAAUGAAACCCAAUUGUCUUUGGCCAGCAACGUUCUGAUCAUCUCUGUUCUGGCCAUCAUAUUCACAGCACCGCUUGGAGCUAUUCUCAUGCUCCGAUUGGCACCCUACUGGCUGAAGCAUGGCGAUGCCGUUGAGGAGGCGACUACACCAACCACACCAGUUGUCAAUCCAACCACAUUGAGCAUAUCGAAUGCCAACAAAACUGCCUGAAGACAGUUUAUCCUACUCCUCGGAAGUGUGUCCCAUUUCGAUGGUCUAAUCCAAACUUAAGCUGUACUUAAACUAAGUUGCAUUUGUUAUACAUACAUAAAAUCCUUAAAAAUAAAUAAAUCCCUAAAAUUG